AUGACCGUAAAUCUGGUGGUGACGCCCCGUGCUUUCAAAGCUAUUCAAACAGUAGAUGUUGCAGAAUUAGCCGAAUUGAGCGAACAGGAGAUUCGACCUCUGCUACCAUGUCUUGUUCGAAUGUCUCUUUGUGGUCCUUUGGACCAAAGGAACGAGUGGAGUAUAAAUAAAAAGACCAUUUUAAAAAUUCUUUUAGGAAUAGAACUUGUUAACUCGCUUGUGGCAUUGUUAUCAAUAGAUUUUCACGCAUUAGAAAUUGACGUUAAAGAAAACCCUAGUGAGUACGUCUUCCGAUCAUCAGAGUUGUUUGACAACACUGUCUAUUUAGAAGAAGUGGCAGAUGUGUUGUGUAUAGCUCAGGCAGAGUUACCAGGUUUACUACAUAUUCCAGAUGUAGCUGAAGCUCUUCUUCAUGUAAAGAAUGGUGCAGGUCUUAUAUGCAGACUGGUGGCAAAUGCACCAGACAGCUUUCAAGAAGUGUGUGAGACUUUGAUUAAGAAUGGAGAGAAACAAGAUGAAGAAACACCUGGAGGAAGAAUCCGGAUGCAAGCCCUCCGAAUGCUGUGUCAGAUGAAUGUGGUUCAAACUCUGAGUGUUAGAGCUACAGCAGUAGAACAGUGUCGAAUGCCUGGCCUGGCAGUGCUGCUGACAUUGGAUCACAGUCGGCUAGAGCAGGGACAUCGAGAAGCUACUGAUUUUGAUUCAGUAGUUGGAGACUUAGUAGCUUUUGUCAGUGGUCUUUUACUUGGAAAUGAUGACAAAGUGAGAGCAUGGUUUGCUCAGUAUGUGCGAAACUGUCAAAAGAAAUGUGAAUCUGAUGGAGGAACUAUACAGCCUCUUCGAGAAGAACUUCUUCAACGCCUUCAGAACCUAGUUUUGUUCAGUAUUGAUCAACGUAACCUCCCUGAUUCUAAAGUUGUACAAGCCAGCUCACUUCUCAGGCUGUAUUGUGCAUUACGAGGCAUUGCAGGCUUAAAGUUUUAUGAAGAUGAAACUAACCUUCUCCUCCAGCUACUAACUUCACACCCCCCACCCAGUCCUGCUGGCAUUAGGUUUGUAUCUCUUGGAGUCUGCAUGCUACUUGCUUGUCCUACACUUAUCUCUGAUGGAGACCAUGAAAGGAGAGCCAGUGAAUGGAUAUGUUGGUUGCUUCAAGAAGAAAGUUAUUUUGGAAGGACGAGUGGAGUGAAUGCUUCGUUUGGCGAGAUGCUGCUGCUGAUAGCAAUUCAUUUUCACAGCAACCAGACUACAGCUAUAUCUGACCUAGUCUGUUCAACACUUGGUAUGAAAGUUCCCAUCCGACAAAAUAACUUGUCUCGAAUGAAAGCUAUAUUCACCCAGGAGAUUUUCACUGAUCAGGUGGUGACAGCUCAUGCAGUAAAAGUUCCUGUCACUCCAAACCUUUGUAGCAAUACCACAGGAUUUCUUCCUGUACAUUGUAUCCAUCAGUUGUUGAAAAGUAGAGCUUUCACUAAACACAAGGUACCUAUUAAAGAUUGGAUCUAUCGGCAAAUUUGCAACACAGUUCCACCUUUACAUCCUGUUUUGCCACCACUUAUUGAAGUUUAUGUUAACUCUGUGAUUAUUCCAAGCUCUAAAUCUGCUCAAGAUACAACUAAUGAACCAAUUACAGAAGAUGAAAUAAUGGCAGUAUUUAAAAAUUCCAUCUUUGUACCACGGGCAUCAAAAAAUAACUCUUCAAGACCUUCAUCUAGAUCUGGUCGAAGUACUCCAAUAGCGAUGGAAACAAAUGAAGAAACUCCUUCAUCACUAACAUCACAGAUGUUAUUACUUUAUUACUUGUUGCUGUACAAAGACACUAGACUUGCCAAUAUGAAGGCUAUACUAUCUGCUAAUCGUAAAGUAAAGUGUUACUCUUCCAAGUUUUUUGCACAACUACCAAUUAUCUACUUGUUACAGCAAGCUCAACGUGAGCAGCAGCAGUUUGCUGGACUGUUUUCUCCCCUCUUGAGGCUCCUGGCCACUCACUUUCCUCAUCUCUGUCAAGUAGAAGAAUGGAUUGUUGAGGAGAAAAAAAAAGCAUUUCAAAAAGUUGUUGAACUUGGAAGUUUUAAACCUAAGAUUGUUUGUACCACUGACAGUUUAAGAGAAGCUUUCCAAGAAGUCUCUACUUGCUCCAUUAAGCUCCUUGCUCUUCUUGAUCACCUCUUGUCACUGCCUCUAUACCAACUCUGGCCAUUUGCUAGUUCUUUUGCCUCUCACCUUCCUCAACUACUUGAUCCCAGUGUUCCACAGCUUCUAGUAGAUAAGGCUAAUGAAGUAUGGUGGAGACUAAAUCGUGUUUUUCCACGUCGUUUAUGGGUCAUGACGGUAAAUGCCACUCGUCCGACAAGGCUCCCACUGGUAGCUUUAAAACCUCUAAUAUUGGAUGAUAUUGUACUUGACCCACUACAUGUCCUUCGGUGUGAUCAGCGAUUGUUUAGAUGUGCCUCAUUGCUGGAGAUUACUUUGUACAUGCUACGAGCUUUUUUGGCAGCAUCUCGUACGCACCUUACACAUCAUGUACUGGAACACCCUCUUCUGGAGAAGACGGGGCCUUUAGAAGGAGAGAAAGAUCGAGAAGAUCUGAAACAUGCAUUGAUGAUGGCCCAGGAAAGUGCAGCAGUACAAAUCCUAAUGGAAUGUCUACUUCCAAUGGAUGAAGAAAAUAAAUCAGAGGGACUGUUGACAAGAUUAAGAGAAGUGCAAAGCUUAAUAUGUUCCCAUUUCCAUCAAGUCUUUAUAGCUGAUCCACAUUUGGUGAAGUUGAUUCACUUUCAGGGUUAUCCUAGCAAACUCUUGCCAAUCACCGUCACAUCGAUUCCAUCAAUGCACAUCUGUCUUGAUUUUAUUCCGGAACUUUUAAGUCAGCCACAGUUGGAAAAGCAGGUUUUUGGAAUUGAACUGACAUCAUACUUAUGCCAGCAGUAUGCCAUUCCAAAAUCACUCAGCAUCGCCAGACUUUGUAUUAGUGUUGUUCACACAUUACUAGGAGUGAUACCAAGUGAAAGAAGGCCACAGUUGAUAUUGCCAGCACUACCAGCUAUCGUUAGGAUGUGCAAGGCUUUCCCUCCACUUUUUGAAGAUGUGGUGGCAUUGUUGCUGCAACUUGGACAUAUUUGUUACUCUCAUGCAUGUGUUAUGGACAUGUUUUCUCCAUCAGUAAUUGAUUAUUCUACAAGUGUCCCGGAUAAAGAGACGUUGAAAGAGGUCCAGAAGGUUAUUUGGAGUCUUCCAACAAACAAUGCUGUUUGUUUAGCUAUUCGGUCAGCUUACCGUGAUUUGUGUGAAGCAGCUGUAGCAGAAACAGCUGCUUACUGACUUAUUGAAUCGUGACAAGAAUACAGACUCAUGUUCUGUAAUGUUGCUAUAAAUAACGCCCGUUUAAACCAGGUUUAAGAAGUAUCUCCCAUUCUAUAUUUGAGGUUGUAUAUAUAUUGUUCAAAAGUUUUUUGGUAAAAAAAAUUAUUCGUGCCUUUUGCGAUGUAUAAUACUUGGACCAUCAUAUUUUGUAAAAAGUAAAUGUAACUUUUUUUAAUAAAACAUAGUUCACUAUUA